UUGGCUGGCUCCUCGCGGGGGCGGGUUCAAUUAUUCGGUUGACGUUGUUGUUGUAAGUGGUGGAGCAAUUACUUUGUCGGUGGUCCGGUUUGGGAUUUUACGCUUAGUUCUACCUAUGGAGAUGUUAAAAAGUUAGGAAUCGUUGCUCUUGGAAUCGUAUGUGCUCUUCACAAGUGGAUACUUGCUGGAAAACUAAAUGGGACGAUGAAAACAACAUCUGCUAGGCCGUCCAAGGUGUGGCUGGUAGAGUAGCACAAGGUAGAGGACUGGACGCCCCUCACCCCCUCCCUUGCUGUCCUGUCAGGGAGAGCAGAGUCCGUGUGUGUUUUUAUUUUUUUUCUGCCCGGACACAACCCGCAAACUUGUGAAUUCAUGAUCACAUGACCGUGGAUAUGGACGCAGUCCUGUCCGACUUUGUCCGUUCCACUGGAGCUGAACCAGGAUUGGCCAGAGAUCUGCUAGAGGGCAAGAACUGGGAUUUCACUGCUGCCCUCAGUGACUUUGAGCAGCUGCGACAGGUGCAUGCUGGGAACCUGGCUUAUUCUUUCGCAGAGGAGAGAAUGUAUCUGCCUCCUGAAAAGGAGAUGGCCAGGGUAGGAAGGCCUAUACUCCACCGCCAAGAUGACGUGGUGCAAGCAGCUACAGAAAAGCGUCUGUCAAGGGGCAUUUCCCACGCCAGUUCAACCAUCGUGUCCCUGGCCCGCUCUCACGUCUCAAGCACUGGAGGUAGCAGUAGUGAGCCACUUCUGGACACACCCCUGUGCACUUUCCAACUACCAGACCUUACCGUGUACCGGGAGGACUUCCGUGGCUUCAUCGAGAGGGACCUUAUCGAGCAGUCGAUGAUGGUGGCCUUGGAGCAAGCCGGGCGACUGAACUGGUGGACGAAAGUGGUUUCAAACUGUCAGAGUCUGCUGCCUUUGGCAACAAGCGGAGAUGGAAAUUGCCUGUUACACGCAGCCUCGCUUGGUAUGUGGGGUUUUCAUGACCGGGACCUGAUGCUACGGAAGUCCCUGUAUGCGCUGAUGGAUCACGGGUUGGAGAGAGAUGCACUGAAGCGCAGGUGGAGGUGGCAGCAGACCCAGCAGAACAAAGAGUCUGGUCUGGUGUACACGGAGGAGGAGUGGCAGAAAGAGUGGAAUGAACUGUUGAAGCUAGCCUCCAGUGAGCCGAGAAUACACUACAGCACCAACGGCAGCAACGGGGUGGAGUCCUCAGAUGAACCAGUGUAUGAGAGUUUAGAGGAGUUUCACGUCUUUGUCUUGGCUCACGUCCUCAGAAGGCCCAUAGUGGUGGUGGCCGACACCAUGCUGAGGGACUCUGGAGGAGAGGCCUUUGCUCCCAUCCCGUUUGGAGGCAUCUACCUACCACUGGAAGUGCCAGCUGCCAAGUGCCAUCGCUCGCCCCUGGUCCUGGCAUACGACCAGGCGCACUUUUCUGCCCUGGUCUCCAUGGAGCAGAAGGACAGCUCCAAAGAGCAAGCAGUUGUGAUCCCUCUCACUGACUCAGAGCACAAAAUGCUGCCUCUGCACUUUGCUGUGGACCCUGGGAAAGACUGGGAGUGGGGCAAGGAUGACACAGACAACGUGAUGCUGGCAAGUGUGGCUCUCUCUUUGGAGGCAAAGCUCCAGAUGUUACACAGCUACAUGACGGUCACCUGGCUGCCCCUGCCCUGUGAGCAAGCCCCUCUGGCCCAGCCCGAGUCUCCCACAGCAUCAGCAGGAGAGGAUGCCCGCACGCCUCCUGACUCAGGAGAGUCAGACAAGGAGUCAGUCAGCAGCAGCUCCAAUGGCAACGGAGAUACAACCACAGGAUCAGUGGUCAAUGGAGGUGGGUCCUUGGCCAAGAACAGCUCCUCUUCCUCAUCUAGUUCCUCCAGCAGUGGAUCGGCAGGGGCGGGAACGGGAACAGCAGGGAAGGACAAAACCAAGAAGGAGAAGGACAAGGACAAAGACAAGAAGCGGGCAGACUCUGUGGCCAAUAAGCUUGGCAGUUUUGGCAAGAGCCUGGGCAGCAAGCUGAAGAAAAACGUGGGCGGACUGAUGACAGGAAAGAACGCUGGAGCUGGAGGUGUCAAGCAGGAGAGUGGGGAGAAGAAGAAGGGCUCAUUUAGGGGGAGGAAAGGCAGCAAGGAUGGAUCGCCUUCAGCCCACGCCUCAGAGGAUUCUGGGAAAGGCUCCCCCUCCUCAGGUAGCGAGCGUCUCAACGGAACGGGGAGCAGUAUGAGCAGCAGUGGUGGUAGCAGUACUGAGAGUGAUACCUACAAGUACAGUGCUGAUGUCAAGGUCAGCCUGGGUAUCAUGCGGGCCGCCAUGCAAGGUGAGAGGAAAUUCAUCUUUGCCAGCCUUCUCACUACCAGCAACCGGCAGCCCUUUCAGGAGGAGAUGAUCCAGCGCUACCUUACCGAUGCAGAGGAUCGCUUUCGGGCCGAGCAAGAACAACAGCGUCGUGAUGCAGAGAGGAAGGGCGUUACCAAUGGCAUCCAGCCACCUAAGAAGGAGACAGUUGGUGGUACAGAGCUUACCUACCGGCCAUAUGAGGCCAAAGAGGAGCUGUUAGAGAACUCGUCACCUUCCUUCAACCAACUCAAGUCCUCUCCUUUGAGCCCCUCUAUGUACUCUGGUGUUGUGCCCAUUCCCCGGCCCUCUUUCAUAGACCAGCCUCCUGCUGCAGCACCCCUCACCCAGCACCUUCAUAUGCACAGCUACAUGGAUACUCGGCGCCAGCUAGCUGGCGGCUCUCCAGCAACCUCCUACCCCGGCCUCCCCUCUUACGCCACCCUUCCCCGGCACUGCCCCACAACGCAGGGUCCCUCCCAUCCCCAUUACAAUAACUCACAAGGCCCUGCCUCCCUGAGUCCCUCUCGCCUUGCGCCCUCAUAUCCCCCUGAGUUUGACCCACCAGACUACCCUGGGUCUGAACCUGCUGGUGGGAGUUACACCAACGGUUUCCGGGACAUGCGCAGCGACCUAGACUCUCGGAGUGGGCAACCCCCAGUCAGACACUACUCACUGGGCAGCGCCGGUGGUUUGGCCAGCCUGCAAUCCAGCCGCUGUCGAACACCCAGCUGCACAUACUAUGGACACCCCGAGACGGGCAACUACUGCUCCUAUUGCUACCGGGAAGAGCUGAAAAAGAGGGAGACAGAACCAGCCAUCCACAGGUUCUGAAUGGACCUUGCUUUGGCUUGAAUUUGAUGAGUGGCCUUUUUUUCAGUUUAAAAAAAACGGCUGGGGCAGAUCAGCCUCUGAAUGGACAAGAGAAAGGCACAACCAGCUCCCUCCAUUUUUUAGGUAUGUCACUUCCUGUUGGAAUAGACAACCUCAGAAAGUGGCGGAGUCGACACGACUACAGAAUAAACAGGGUGGUUUCUGACUGCUGGGGUCAUAUGUUAGACCAUAGAAUAAACUAUCUGCACUUCUGUUACAUUUUGCUGUGGCUCUUAUGCAGGCGUUAUGUAUGAGUGUGUGUGUGUGUUUGUGUGUGUGAGCUGCAGGCUCUCCUCCUUAUCAGAGUUUAACGCCUCGCUACUGUCUCCUCCUAGUGGAGAGAAUGUAUAUGGCAGGCGCCAUACAUAAGACUCAUCAAAACACAUACAAUACAUGCACACAUAUACACUAAGUCAGACACACACUACUUCAUACACAGUGAUGCAAGCACAAACAGAGAAGGCACGAGCGUCUCCACUCCAUUUGUGGUCUGUGAUAAUGUUUGGAUUGGUCAAUUAAGGGAUGUUUGAGCAUUUUGAAGUCACAUCCGGUUAGGGUGAUUUCAGUGUUAUACAGAUUUUACACUACUGUUACUAGAUGCUUACGUCAUAGGUACCUCGGGAAACAGCAGAAUUAAUCCUUGUUGAAUUGCUUUUUCGUCGGUCACCAUUUGCAUUAAUGCAAAUUGAAAGUACCGUGCAAUGCUAAUGAUUAAGCGUUCUGUGGGCUGCUGUGGUGCUAAUGUUUAAGAAUGCAAACACAUAAAUGUUCAUGCAUUUAAGACAACUGCUCUGCACUGUUAGUAGUAUCUUUUUGGCAAAACAAAUAUCACCUAAAAAUUUCACGUUUUUGUCCAAUUAUGAAGAUGUCAAACUUUUGAAGAUGAAAUGCAUUUGGUCACGUUAUUGACCAGGCAUUGCAGAACAAAAACAACACAGCACUAUGGUAAGAUACUGGUCCCAAAGCCUGAUCCAUAGUCUUAGUUGGGUCUUCCUCUUUCUGUAACAAUGGUUGGCGUUAAGGCAUUUGAUAAUUGUGGCCAACCCAGGCAUGCAAUACUACACACUACAAAGUCACAUCCAGCACAACAGAUUUUAGAGACAUCCGUCACAUGCGUAACAUUCUGUCAAGUUAAAUUGAAAUGUUACUAAACACAUUUUUGGAUUUCAUACAAGUGAAGCAAAUUAACUGACUUGUUAUAAAACAAGUGACAUAAACUUGCUCUAAAGCAGUAAGGAUGUCUGCAGUUGUCUCCAGUUUCUGUUUGCAUGAUGCAAAGGGACGCGUUCACUUUUGUUGGAUGUGGAUACCUAAUAACAUUCACAUUGUAUUGACAAAUCCUGGUAACAAGUCAGCAUGCUCUGAUGGCUGAGAAAUGUGAAACAUGUUUCAUACAAUCUCAUGAUCACACACAAAGGUUAACUUCAAGGUCAUACAUUCAUGGUAUCCUUACUAAUAGGAUAUCCUAAUGCUUAUUGGUUUGGUCACCCACUGCAAAUUCUGAAGUUAUACUGAAGGCGGUUUCUUAAUUUCUGGCAUUCGUUCCGCCAAAUCCAGUUGCGUUACCUCUUUUUGCACAAAUUCAAGCACUUUCCUGAUGUCCGUAGAUACAAAACAUUUAACUGUUUUUGAAGUGGCCUGACUGUUGUCCUUUGUUCAUCUCUGCAGACACUGCCACCUCUGUUCAUGGGAAGUCAGGGGCACAGGUCAGAAGGGUUUCUCUAAAGGAUUCAGUUACUGUAGAGCUACAGCAUUUUGGUGCCAGCGUCACCAUCUAACUCAGUUUCCUAGUUGCCUUUUUUAGCAUUUGUCCUCGUGGCAUCACAGUCCUGUUUGUAUGUUGUGCAAGAUGAGCAUCAAGUAUCCACUGCUUGCUUCAUUGCCUGCAGUUUCAAUUACUACUGACCCAAAAUGUAACAAAUUAUUAUUAUUAUUAUUUUAAUAGUGUGGAAGCUAUUGGGAUAAUGCCAUUAUUCUUUUCACUUAGGUAUAUCAACUAGUUGAUACAGACUGAUGUUCUGUUUGAGUCUUCCUUAUUAUAAUUUAAAAUUCAAGGCUGUUUUAGUUGUACUAAUGUCAAAAUGACUACUUAAAUACUUAAAUUUGUUAUUAUUUCCCCUGUGAGCCAUAAGCCAUGGUGAGGAAUUUCUUUGGAGGUAGUGUGACUCUAGUUGCCCUACUGUUGUUGAUUGAUUCUGUUCUUUGGCUAGAAGUCUAGAAAAGCACAAUUUAGUAUGCAAUUCACUGCCUUGCCCAGUUGUGGGCACUCUUGUUUUUGUUUUUAACUCAAUGUUUGGAGCUUAACCUUGUGAUCCACACUCAAACUACAAACAAAAAUAAUCAUCAAUAACCAAAAUAUUGGGGAAUAAUUUUCAGUAGUGCUAAUUUAACACUAUGUAACACUAUAUUACAAUAUUGUCUCCGUUGCAAAAGCUGGUCAAGGAAGAAGGGAGGAUUUUUGCAGUGCAUUUAAAGUAACACUAGAGUUUUAAUGACAAUAAAACACUUAAAUAAUGCUAUUUCCCAAAAAACAUUUGUAUUUGCUGUGUUUAUGUGUAUUGACAUGUGUCCACGAGCUAGCAUUUUAAUUCAGACAAGAUCCAUGAAGCGUUCCCUUACUGUGGGAAGGUGAUGCCUGUUUUCAAAAAUGUGUGUGUGCUCUCUUUCCCGCCCUCCAAAGUAAUAAUUAGCUUACAAAUCCAUUUUUUUAUUUUAUUUUUUGCAAUGAAACGGAUGCCUCAGAAACAUGUACAACAUCAGACUUUACAGGCUACAUACACUUUUUUGUAUUUAAGAAAAAAACAAUGAGAGGUUGUAUAAAUAUGUUCCAAGUUAUUUUUGUAAGCCCAAAGUUUUACAGUGUUUUUAAAAGGGUAAGAAUGUAUAUUGUUGGAUAUUAAAACAGGUAAUGAUGAUAAGCUUGUAAGAGCUUGGAUUUGGGAUAGAAUUGGUGUUUACCAAAAAGUGACAUUUUGGCUGUUGAAGGCGACUCCCAGACGGGCCUCUUGAUACUCGAGGGUCUCUCAUCUCGCAAACGAAUUUCCUCAAUGCUGACCUAACAAGAUACCAUUUGAAAAUAUAUAUAUUUAUAGUGAGAUUUUUUAAUAGGUUUCCUUGUGGAAUGUUUAGUUGCGACAUUUUAGGAUGUUCUUUCUCACAUGGCUAAUUGUCUAGCAGUCUGGCUUUUAUUUGUUUGUUGCUUUUUUGAUUUGUAAAUUUUGUUUACUUUUUUCUACAACCACCAAUCCGUGCUAUGCUGAAACAUGACCGUAAUGUUCUUGUUGACCCAGCUUGUUUCCUCCAAACCAGAAGAGAAAUGGCUCAGAAUUAGUUUUGCGACACAGCUGACCCGAUAUAUAUUUUUAUAUAUUGUACAACACUGUACUUUCUGUGUGAACAGAAUAUUCGUCAUCAGUGACAUUAACAUGGAAUACUUCGAGUUGCAUGGGACUGGAACUGUUGCAUGUAAAUGGCAAUCCAUUUUACCAAAUUUGUGCAUUAUUUUAACUUUGUUUCAGUUGUCCUGGUAUUUUGAUCUGUUUUUAUUUUUUAUCGUUUUAAUGUUUUGUUUUUCUUUUUUGAGAGGAGAGUCCUAAGGCUGUGUGACAGUGCAAUCUGGAUAGAAAGAACAUCAGAUUUUAUGUUAGGUUAUUAUUAUUAUUAUUAUUAUUAUUAUUAUAAUUAUUAAAUUUUUUUGCACCGUUUGAAUAAAUUCUCAUUGUAUUUCAAAAAA